GGGGGACGAAGCAUGGAUGCAACAGGCAAGCUGCAGAAUUAAGGAUUGCAUUCCAGAGGGGAGUGAAACUGAUCAGAGAGGGAGGUGCCUUGGGCUUGGAGACUGACUCAGAGCAGAGUUCAGCUGGGAAUCUAGUAGGACUUUCUUGGGGCAGGAGAGUGCAGGAUACUCCAGGAACACAGCACAGGGCUGGAUGGGAGUAAUGUCAGGAGUGGACCUUGCUGACAGGGAGAACAUGCUGUGAUCCAUACCUGCAGCAGGAGCUGCCAUUCCUAAAAUUCUGUCAGGACAUUGGAUCCUAAAAGUUUUUGUUUUGAAUCAUUUGCAACAAGAAGAUAGGAGAAGAUACCAGGAGAUCCAAGAGGACACGUCUGCUCUGAAGGAUGUCCAACUUCCAGUCCUUGUUCCUCCACCUGUUGAUUCUUCAUCUCUGCCAUGGCGAUGAAAAGGUGCCUCAUAGGAGAUCACGACAAACUGUGGAAGAUGACCCUGUAGAGAAUAAAAUUGCAGGCACAUGGGGAUCCUGGGGACCAUGGUCCUCUUGUUCACAGACCUGUGGAGUGGGAGUCAUCGAAAGAAGCCGUUCUUGCUUGUCUCCAUAUCAGCAGGUCCCGUGGGUACCAAGGUCAGAGCCAAGCCCACACAACAUUCAACCUCAUCCAGAGCCACCUUUUCGUGAUGAGAGAGGCAGUAUAUACUCUAUGGGGCCAGCAAGGCCAUUAUACCCACUUCAUAUAGAAAGGGAGAUUGCAGCUCCAUUCGUGGAGCCCUAUGUACCAAGAAACCCUCCACCUAGUCGAUAUAAUCAAUUUAAUCGUAAUGCCAGAGAAGAGGUAUUUGCUGGUGGAUCUCAACCUACUUAUGCAAGACGAGAGCAACCCCCCUAUCAGAGAUCUACGUCAAACCGUGGUCGGUCAGCACCUCAGUCCCCAGAAACACUUUGGCAAUCAUCACCACUGGACAUGCCAUUCAGACAAGAUGCACUUCGUGCUCCUGAAACCAUCUCCAUUCAUAGAAAACCUCACCAAGAUGUCCCAUUUAACAGGAGAAAUAACUCCCGUGUUGAUGACUCCUCAUGGCCAUUCUUUCCAGAUUCCAUCCCUCUUCUGAAACCUGAGAGCUGGGAGGAGGCCAACCCAGGACGGGCAUUGCCACCUUUAUCUCCCACUAAGGAAUCUCGUUUCUCACGAAGGUCUCGAGUAAGAAAUGCAAUUAAGCCUGGGAGAUAUGGUUAUGGAAAAGUACCAUUUGCCUUGCCCCUACUUACUGAAAAAGAUGAAUCGCAACGCUUUAAAAGACAUCACAAGUUAAUGACCUUUGGAACUACUGCUAUUCCAAGGAGAGAGAAAAAGAAGGACUUAACAGCAACACGAAAAUCAUUAGACAGCCCUGGAGAACCUGGUAGUGAAUACCCAGGUCAAGCUGUUGACUUUCCUGGCACAUCUUCCAAAACGAGAGCCCCAUCUUUGAGAAAAACCAAAAGGUCUAGUCAGACUGAUCACCCUUCUUGGCCAAAAGAAUCUGUAAAUUCUUCAGCACAAAAAAUGCUUUAUGGUUUUCAGCCUAGUCAGCAUGAAGAAGAGUCUUCAGAACAUGAGUCUCCUGUUGGUGGAGAAGCUGAUUCUGUCUUGAUGGUUAGAAGGCAAAUUUUCAACCAUGAAAAAACUGACACUAAUCUGGAGGCUGACCUCUCAGGUAUGGAGACAGAAAAGGAGGAAGAUGAUCCCACUGAGAAUAGGAACAGUGGAACACUUCAUGGUUCUAGCACCAGUAAAACGCUAGAAGAGAAGACAUCAUCAACUCAAUCUCCACCAUUUAAACAGGCUUCUAGACCAAUGCAGUCGGACAUAGUUGUUCAGCGCAUGGAUAUUGUAAUAAGAAAACUUGCGAGUAGUCAUCAGUCAUUCAAUGGGAAGAAUAGUCAUGAUGAGCAGGUAGCACAACUUCAGAGGCAGAGCAAGACUCCCUUACAAAAUUCUCAUGCCACCAGUGAUGAAGAAGUAAAACAUGGACAAGACAAUCACAAAUCUGAUUCAUCACACCGUCCUCGAUCACGUAGCCAAAGACAAAGUCCAUAUAGGCACAGUACAGAUGGCAGCAGGGCAUAUCAGAGUAUUUUUAGAGAUCAUCCAUCCAGGCCUGUUCAAGGAGAUACUUGGGCUUCACUUGGAGGAAACCCAUCCCUUACCUUCGAAAGAGGCCAAGAUCCAAGACAAAGCCAUCAUCAAAAUUCAGACGUUCCUCUUUCCCUAUAUAAUCCCGGAACAGAAGAAUUUCACUGUGCGGGUCCGAAGAAGCAAUACAAGUCAUGCACUCAAGAGCCAUGUCCACCAGGUCAACCUGACGCUAGGACUUUACAAUGUUCAACUUUUAACAACCAGGAGUUCAUGGGUCGUCUGUACCAGUGGGAAGCAUUCACUGAAGUGAGCGGUAAUCAAAGGUGUGCUCUUAACUGUCGACCCAUUGGCUAUCGUUUCUAUGUUCGUCAUACCGAGAAGGUCCAAGAUGGAACUCCUUGCGAAGCUGGUUCUGUGGAUGUUUGUGUUGAUGGGCAAUGUCUGAGCCCAGGUUGUGAUGGCAUACUAGGAUCGAACAGUACGCUAGAUACGUGUGGAGUGUGCGGUGGAGAUGGUUCUACAUGCAAGUUCAUCACUGGGACAUUCAAGGACACUAAUAUUCCUAUUGGCUACCAUAAAAUUCUGGAGAUUCCAAAAGGGGCCACGCAGAUCAGUGUCCGAGAACUUACCUGGAGCCCUAACUACCUAGCUUUGAGAAAUCGAUCAGGGAAACCCAUUAUUAAUGGUAACUGGGCGGUGGACCCACCUGGAAAAUACGAAGUAGGAAACACUGUGUUUACCUAUAACCAACCUGGACGUGAGGAACAAGAAGGAGAAUCCUUCACUGCCCCUGGACCCACCUCUGAAGCCCUUGAUGUCUAUAUGAUAUUUCAGCAGGACAAUCCUGGUGUCUCCUUCCAGUAUUUCAUCUCCUCACCACCCGGCUCUGAUAACCCCAGUCACAUCUCCCACGUCCCGCAGCAGGAAAACGGACCUCUGAGAUCAAUGCCAUCCAGUGAUUCCCUCCCACAGACCAACUUACGAAAUCACCCUGUGGAGGAACGCAUCCGGGUCCCACCACCUCAGGCAAGGCCACCGCGGCCGGCUGGCACUUUGCAGCGCAACGUACGAAUCCCUCCUCUCGCGGCUCCUCCUGUUCCCUAUUGGCCAGAGCAACCUCAGUUUUUCUGGAGACGUGUUGGAAACACGCCAUGUUCUGUUACCUGCGGGAAAGGGUUCUGGUACCCCAUACACCAGUGUGCUUCCAGAAGCUCCUUGGAUGAGGUUAAUGAGGAGGAAUGUGACUCAUCGACAAAGCCAUUCCCUCAAGAGGAGGCCUGUAACACCCAGCCCUGCCCCGCAUUCUGGGAUGCUGGUAACUGGUCAGUCUGCAGCAGGACAUGUGGCAGUGGAAUACAGCAUCGGCAAGUCCUGUGUCGGCAGAUGUAUGCCAAUCGGACCACUAUGGUCCAUCCACAGAGGUGCAGCCACUUGGUGAAACCGAAUGUUACCCAGACGUGUCAACUCCGUAUCUGUAGCCACUGGGAGAUCCAAAGCAACUGGAGCUCGUGCUCAGUCAUGUGUGGUCUUGGCCAAAGGACUCGUCAUGUCAGAUGUGUCAGUAACCAAGGGGAUGUUAUUGGUGAGGGAGAAUGCAGCAACCGACUCCGUCCUAGGACCGAUGAGGUCUGCGAUAUGGGACCUUGCGUUCGAAGCUGGUUCCACAAUCAUUGGAGCUCCUCAUGUUCUUCAGAAUGUGGACCUGGGAUUCAGCGCCGUUCAGUCUUCUGUCUCUCUAGUUCUUCUACGGAUGUGUCGCAAGAUGGCUGCCCAGGGAAUAAACCUUCUGACAUGAGAGUAUGCAAUAGUGGGCCAUGUGAGCGGACAGUCAAGUGGUACACUGGACCGUGGUCUCAGUGUUCCACAGAUUGUGAUGAAGGUUCGCAGAGACGUGAUGUGAUCUGCAUUAGCAAAAUGGGCUCAGACUUUAACGUGACCGACCCAUCUGAGUGUGCUCAUCUUGACAAGCCACCAAGCCUACAGUCCUGUAAUGCCGGACCCUGUGGGUCACGCUGGUUUACAACGCCCUGGAGCACAUGUUCACAGUCUUGCGAAGGAGGCGUGCAGGUAAGAGAGGUGCGGUGCCUGGCAGCCGACAAGACUUACAGUCAACAGUGUGACCUGGAUUCCAAGCCAGAUGAGAAGCGCGUGUGUAAUCCUCAGCCCUGUUCCUCUGUAGUAGAUAACAACUGCCGUGAUUUGUAUCACAACUGUGCCGUGGUGGUGCAAGCACGACUCUGUGUCUACGCCUAUUACAAACAAGCUUGCUGUUCCUCUUGUGCCCACUCCCUGCAACGAAGGACGUCAGAGAGCCGAUAGCGGGCAGCUCACCAUCCCCCACCUCACCAGAUUUUAUAUUUUAUAUAUGCAGAAGAGACAGUAUUUAUUUACCUCUUUAGCGCUAUGUCGGGUGGAAGCUUUUUCCAGGCCAAACGUCCCAACGGAGAAAUGCUAAAGACAGAAUUGUAUAUUUUUGCUUUUAAUGUUCUCCUCUUGCUCACAUGGGUAGGGGGCGGAGGAUUUUGCUUUCCCGAUUCUUUUACGGUGCUAGAUUGCCGGUAUAUCGCCAUCCUCUUACAUUGCAACUGUGACUUUUGGGAAACCGAUUGUGCCAUAUAAUAUUGGCGCCAUAUAGGAAUCAAUCAACAGUAGGGGAAGGUCAUGUAAAGACCAGUGGACACCUAGUCGGUGGCUGUAGUCAACUCUUGGCAUCUAUUCCUCACUCUAGUUUUUACAAUCCCUCUUAUUGGAUCAUGGUUACAAAGUAAUCAACAUUCUCUUCAAGGGGGUUGUCCUCUGCUGUCUUUCAAAACCAGUGUUACGCCUGUCCAUUAGUUGUACCGGGUCAGCCCCAUUGAAGUAAAUAAGCUGCAAUACCAGACCCAACCUGUGGACAGGUGUGGCACUAUUUUUGAAAGAAGAAAGAAGGCAGUCAUGUUUUUCUAACCAGGACAACCCACCAAUUUUUUUUCCUGUGUAUGGUGACAAGCUUUGUUACCCAAGACCACGUUAUAUGUGGAAAGAGACCUUUAAGAGUGGGAUUACAUUCAGAUUUUUCUCUCAAGACUGGAGCAGAAUGUAAGUAGAUGCCAUCUAAUUAAAGGACUUAUCCAGUUUCAUAAUGAUAUUUUUUAUCUGCCCAAACACUGCAUAUUUUUGUCCCAUAUAGCUGUUUUUCAUGUCAGCACUUUCCUUCCCCUAUUAUCGGCAUCACUGCAUCCUGGCAGGAUGUUUACAUGCAGAACUUCCUGUUUUCCUGUUGCUUUGCUCUAAUGUUUCUUGGGGAUUUGCUCCCCUUGCCACCCUGUUCUCUCUGCGGUAGUCACACCUUCUACGCCUGUUUGCUAGGCAGAGCAAACCCUGCGAAACAUUAGAGCAAGGCAUGCUGGGUUUGUUUAGAAAACAGGAAGUUCUGCAUGUAAACAUCCUGCCAGGAUGAACUGAUGAUGAGAACAGGGGAAGGAAAGUGCUGACAUGAAAAACCUGUAUAAAAGGUAAAUAUAUGCAGUGUUUAGGUUACUCUGGGCAGAUACAAUUUCAUCAUAAAAGUGGAGAAUGCCUUAAAGAUCAUGAGACUUUCACUUGGUUUUAUCACAUGACUUAUUAGGGCCAUGUUCUUUUCCCUAUAGACAGCUUAACAAUAUCUGUGUUUAACCCAAAGCUUAAAGGGGUUUACAGGAUUAGAAAAACAUGGCUUCUUUCUUUCAUAAACCGCACCUCCACCUGUCCAUAGGUUGUGAUUGGUAUUGCAGUUUAGCCCUAUUCACUCUAGUGAUGCUGAGCUGCAAUACCAGGCACAGCUAGUGGACAGCUGUGGUACUGUUUAUAGAAAAAAACAGCCAUGGUUUUCUAAUCCUGGGACCUUUAAGGGAAGAUUUUGGUGACUGGCCACCACAGUUUUGUGUAACUGUUAGUUUCUGGUAACAUACAAUUGUUUGAUGCCUGUAUUGGCAAAGUUGGAGAAAGUAUUGAGACAGAUGCCAAACAAGGCAGGUUGUUAAAUCAAAGGGCUAAACCUAUAGCAGUCUCACAGUUGAGCUUGUUGUCUAAGGAGCUUCAGCCCAACUGUUGGCAAAAUGUCUUGUUUCCAGUUCAACCUCCAUCGUCCUGGUUACUGAGUAUACAUUGCUAAGUCCAGUGAUUCAUAUUACUCAAAAAGAUGAGACUGACCUCCAUUUCGGAGUGCACCUCUCUUCUCUGCACAGAAGAGGCAGCCAUUUUGUGUUGUAUUCGCAGAAGAGGCAGCCAUUUUGUGUUGUAUUCGCAGAAGAGGCAGACAUUUUGUGUUGUAUUCGCAGAAGAGGCAGCCAUUUUGUGUUGUCUAUACCCCACACUCUAAGUCCUGAAUGAAGUUUAUGGAUCGAAGACCUUUGUUCAGGCUCCUGAUAACUUGUUGUGCUGGGUUUAAUUGAGAGGCGUAUCAUGCAACAAGAUGGCUGCCUCCACCAUGUGUAUGCAAGAGGUGCACAUUAUAUGAUCAGGGAGUUUUUGAUGGUGCUCUUCCUCUCCAAAUUACUGUAAAAUCCCAGAUCAUUACUGUGAAUGUUAAGACAAUCACUUGUCAGUUAUACAGAAUGGUGGCUUUCAUUUUAUAGAUUUGUUGGAAGGUAACCAUGUAAGAACGGCCAUGGACAACCCCUUUAAAUUUUUCUACAUAGAAAUGCAUUAGAUCUGCACAUAAUGGAGCAGUUUAUGAAACUGUUACCCAUAGAAACCAAUCACAGUGCAGCUUUAUUUUCUCUUGGUGCUCUUGAAAAUUCAAUCAUAACCUCACAAAUAUUCCUUGAUCUUUCAGUUUGGGAAUUGAUGUUCUUGAUUGGCAGGAACCCACUCAGCUACAAAUUAGUCCCACCAACAAAAUGGCCGCUUCCCUGAUGUGCAUCUGAUAGGUCUGAUUUUCAAUAAGCUGUCUCAGGACCUACAUAUAUAUGUCCAGAGUAUUAUGUAGCCUCUUGUGACCCAUGGCUUAUCCUACUCCUUCAAGACCCCUGGACAGGCGAUAAUAUAGGAUAGUUAACCCCUCUACUUCCACAGCAGAGUUUUCAUGGCAAGUGCUGGUUCACAUGGGGAGGUCUUGGGAUAAAGUAUAGUAAAAAAGGGUAGUAAAAUCUAAAAAUCAGUAUAUAGCAAGUCAGCAUUUGUUUUAAGCAUCGAAUACAAUAGGAAAAACUGGUUGCAUUAGUUUAUUGGGUACAUCUUGAGUGUGGGGGGGAAUUGGGUCACAAGUUGUCGCCAAACUGUGACUUUGGUUGGAAAGGACAAUCGUAUAUGUGCCUUAACUACUUUCCAGCCUUUAUUUAGAAUCUGAUUGGUUACUGAGGUGGACACCAACAUCCUAUGUGCACUAGUUCUUCUGAUUUCUUUAGGAUCUGUUCACAUGUGUAGGCCGUGCCGCACCAGGAUCAUACCUGAAAAAAUGCUACAACUCUUCUUAAAGGGGCAUCUGAGGUUAUAAAAGUAGUUAUGCUUUUUUUUACCCCCAGUAGCAUCUCUCUUAGUCAUGGGCUAUUAUGGAAUUGCAGCUUUAUUAUUUUAUUUUUUUAGGCCGAUGAUCGGCGACUGGUGGCUAAACUACUACUCCCAAAUUGUAGUUUUGCAACAGUGGUUGAAAACCACUGCCUUAGAGGGGCAUAUUAAUAGGAGAUGCCAUUAUGGUUCCACCUCUGGGACCUGCUCCUGUCUCAAGAACAGGGGCACUUAUUCCUCUGUGUCCAAUGCGGGCACUUUAAACCCUUAAAGGGAGUGUCGGGGACAUUCAGCUUUGUCAUGGCACAGAACUGUACAUAAGAGCAUGGCUGACCUGUAGUACCCAGGCACCACCAUAGCCCAUUUGUUCUGACCACUGGUGGGCCUGUGUGGCAGCAGACCGCCAGACAUACAUUGAAAGUAAGGAUAGAUCAGCGGACAGUCCCGGACCACCUCUUUAACAGUGAAGAUCCCUUUUACCAUUCGUUCUGAUAUUGUAUAUUCUGCACAACUGUAGGGCAUACAGUAGAGAAUUGCUUCAAUAGAAGCUCCCUAAUAUAGUGCUGUUCUUCACAUGUCCCGCUACUAUUUAGCAGCCAACAGCGGCCACUGCUGGGGAAAUGUAGUAUUACAUGGCGCUUAUACAAAUGAAUGAAUGGGCAUAUACUCAUGUACGCUGUUGCAUUUAAUCCUCCAGAGCAGGAAUCACUUAUGGAGGGGGCUUUCCAUUCUGGCGAAUUUCACUGGGAGGUCAUAUAUGACAUGUUAUAAAACUUGACUAUACGCACCCAAACCUGGACUCACAUAUCAGUAUUGUAAUAAAGUAGACCGUCAGAGAACCAUGGAAACUGGUUCCUAUUUUACCAGGUCGCUUAAAGGAAAGCUACAGUCAAAAUACAGUGAUACAUUGCAUGUCUUGCAGGGGGCGGAGCAUGGUAACAGUUCUCUUUCAAUAUUUGUGUCAUGCUCCACCCCCUUAGGCUAUACUCAUAAAGGGUUGGACAUCCCCUUUAAGGUCAUUUCAUAUUUCUUUUAGGCAAUUUUCAGCCCUCAACGUAUACUUCAUUUUACUGAAAGCCUUACAAAAACAUAUUUCUUCUCGAUUCUGAGAUCCGUCUUUCAGCUGUUACAUCAUUAUAGACUGUGUCCAUUGUUCUCUUGUAAAUUUUUUAAUUUAUUUUUUAAGAAAGAAGAUUUUAUGUUUUUUGUUCUUAUGGAAAGAGAUUGUAAAAAAAAAAAUAUUAAAUUUUUUGGAAAAUUUGG